AUGUCUUCACAAGCUUAUAAUGACCCGAGUCGACCGUUACCAGCCAUACCUCCGCUUCGAUUUGAAGGAAACAAAGAGAUCAGAUCUCAUCCAGGACCGCAUCAUUUCACGCGUUCGCCAUCUUGGGAUAGCAUCGAACAAGGCCAAAUGUAUAACAACUCCAGCUCGUCGUCCAUCCGUGGUGAUAACGAAGACCACGGCAACAUGACCGGCCACGGUGAUACAGACAUUGAAAAAUUGGUGGACAGGACUGUUCGCAGCAGUCAAAGCAUGACACAGCACGGGGAUCAUGAUGACCACGGUCACGCCAACAGUAACGAGCCACGGCCGAAGCUACCUUGGAAGGAGCGGAUGCAUCACUUCACCUGGGCUUGGUUCACCCUCCCCAUGAGCACUGGUGGUUUGUCACUGCUCAUCCACGCCCAGCCUCAUCAGUUUCCCGGGCUCAGGUCCAUCGGCCUGGCUAUAUACAUUAUCAACCUCAUUAUAUUCACCAGUGUUUUCAGCGCCAUGAUUAUCCGCUUCUUUCUCCACCCCGGCGAUUUCAGCGCUUCGGUGAAGCACCGCCGCGAGGGUUUCUUCCUUCCUACCUUCUUCCUGAGCAUUGCUACCCUCAUCACAAGCACGCAUAGAUAUGCCAUUCCAGACAACGACGUGGCCCUGAACUGGUUUAUUCAAGCCGUUUUUUGGGGCUACUUGGUCGCUACCCUAAUGUUGGCAAUCGGUCAAUACAGCUACGUCUUUGGUGCCCAGACUCACGGCUUGCAAACAAUGAUGCCCACUUGGAUCCUGCCCAUCUUCCCCAUCAUGCUUUCCGGAACCAUCGCCUCCGUCAUCGCUGGCACCCAGCCUACCAUCUCAGCCGUGCCCAUAGUCGUGGCUGGUCUUAUCUGCCAAGGGUUGGGGAUGCUCGUCAGCCUGAUGAUGUACGCGCACAUGGUCGGCCGCUUGAUGGCCGGUACCCUGCCUGACCGUGAACACCGGCCUGGUCUGUUCAUGUGCGUCGGUCCUCCUGCCUUUACAGCUUUGGCUUUGGUAGGCAUGGCCAACAACAUUCCUGCAGACUUUGACAUACGCCUGAGCGGUGUCAUCUCGUCCGAGUCGCCGGGAAUGGGCGAGAAGGCUGUCGUGCAAAUACUAGCCUACAUGGUCGGCACUUCCCUUUGGGGCUUGAGUUUGUGGUGGUUUGGCAUCGCCGUCAUCGCCGUCAUCCGGUCUCCGCCCAAGGACUUUCACCUGGGUUGGUGGGCCAUGGUCUUCCCCAACACUGGCUUCAUCCUUGCUACAAUCUCUCUCGGCAAAGCAUUUGGGAGCGAAGCCGUUGGCUGGUUCGCCACCGGUAUGACCGUCUGCUUGAUUUGCAUGUACUUUUUUGUUCUAUUCCACAACAUCAAAGCGGUCAUCGCCCAGGAUAUUAUGUACCCUGGCAGAGAUGAGGACUAUGCGGAUCACUAA